UUUAGAAAAAAGAAAAAUAUGGCCUCUGUAUGUACCAUGUUAUUUAAAAGGUCUUUUACAUCAAAGUCUGUGCCAGAAGCUCUUUGGAAACUGGGAAGACUCAAUCAUAUCGCCAUAGCAACUCCUGAUUUAGCUAAAUCUGCCUCACUAUACAAAAACAUCUUGGGAGCUGAUAUAUCAGAACCCCAACAUCUUCCUAAUCAUGGAGUCACAACUGUAUUCGUCAACUUGGGAAACACUAAACUAGAGCUCCUUCAUCCUUUAGGAGAAAAAUCACCAAUUCAGGGUUUUCUGGACAAAAACAAGUCUGGAGGUCUUCAUCAUAUCUGCAUUGAAGUUGACAAUAUUCACAACGCUAUGAAAGAGUUAAAAGCUAAAGGUAUCCGCUGUCUGACGGAUGAACCUCGAAUUGGAGCCCAUGAAAAGCCUGUUGUAUUUCUUCAUCCUAAAGACUGUGCCGGAGUUCUUGUCGAAUUGGAACAAUCGUAGGAUACAUCUUCUAGUUUACAAGUAACGAUAUUUUCAUUGCUGGUAAUUUGUUAUGUAAUUGAGCGAUUGGAGCAAUUUAUGUUUCAUCCCAAGUUGUAGAAUAUAAAUGGAAUUAAGGUAA